AAAGUUAAGAGAGGAGGAAAAAAACCAAAUCGCGGAAGAGAUUGUCUCCAGCUCUUCUAGUUUGACAAGUUUUUUCCCUGCUGUUAGAGAAGAGACUGGAAGGGAAAAGAGGCGUAAAGCACGGUUAGGUCAGUCGCUCGAGUGCCGGAGUGUUUUGAUGGUAAGAGCAAACAUGGAAGGAGCUAUCAAGACAGUGGUGACAGUCUUCUUGAAGUCAGCAAAAGGCAAGGAGAACCUUGGAGGAAAGGACUUCCAAAGCCUAGUGAAGAACCAGCUGAACAACAUAUUGACGGGUACAGAGAACUCUGAGGCCAUCAAAAAUAUGCGUCAAGGUCUUGAUGCCAACCAAGAUGGAAAAGUCAGCUUCCAGGAGUACAUGACGCUGAUCGGAUACUUGGCACAGUCAGUCAGUCAGCAGCAUUGCACCAAGGAGACCCAAGUGGCGAGUUCAGGCCCAGAAACGCAGGCAGAGGCCCCUGAAGCCUCGAAGGCUGAGCCUGAGGCUGAGAAAGAAGCAAAAGCUGUAAAAGAGGAAGAACCAGCCAAAGAGAAGGAUGAGGCAGUGGAAGUGGUGGAAUUGGUAGAGGAAGAAGAAAAUGUAGAAGGGGUGAUAGAAGUAGAGGAGCGCACGUAGGCUCUUGAGACAGUUGAUGAAAACAUCUCAAGACCUUAUCCUUGUUUUUAUUUCAGUGUAUUUUUUACUAUUUCACAGCUAACCAAAUUUGACCAACACUACAUUUUGUACCACUAGAUAAAGCAUAAACCACUCAAUAUUAUUUGGAAGUCCUUUUGUCUAUUGUCUAAAACAGUGCUUUUCAAACCAGUCCUCAGACAGUCUCCAGCCCUCCAGAUAAUUUACAUUUUGCUCUACACCAAGUCAAACAACACAGUGAUGGAGCAAAAAUGUGGAACGUCUGAGGGGUGCAUGAGGACAGUUUUGAGAAUCACUGGUCUAAAUAGACACAACUAACAAAAUGUAUAUGUAUUGUAUUUUAUCCAUUUAAAGAUUUGUAUUUGGAUUUGUAUUUACAUUAACACUACAUUACAACAUGGAUCUUUAAAUGUGUUACACAAUACCUCUACCAAUAUGUUUACAAAUGAUGCUUUCAUUGGCAUGUUCAAUUAAAUGGCCCUGGUGUUCUUCUAAGAUAACGGUACGCCCAUAUGUGGCUCACUCACACCCCGGCUAUCACCCCUGUUUAGUUUUCUACAUAUGUUCAAAUAGUUUAGGCCUUGUACACUUUGAGUUGCUUAGCAUGUAUGCUAACACAAUUUCACUGUUUCAUAACAAGUGCUGACUAAUAUUGAGCUAUAUUUGUCAUACCACUGCCAAAUUUGAAUUAAGACUCAUUUGCAUGACAAUAAACAAACAUUUUUCUUUGA